UCAAUGUGGUUCAAGCGUAGGCUCGAACACCUAAAUACUUCAUUUUCAUUACUUACUUCAUUUGAUAGGUACUUGAUUCGUAAUUUGCGAUUGAACAAAAUACAAGCGUUCAAUCCUAUCUCAAUAUCGAAUAACAGUUCCAAAUGGUUUAAUUACCUACGGUGUCAACAGCAAUGGCUUAUACGGAAAAAGUAUCACUCAGUGGUACCGCUUUGUCCUUUCUACUUUAUGAAUGCGUGAACUCUGUAAACAGCCAGGAGGGAUUUCUCAUCGGCGAUGUUACUUCUGAAGUUACAAAUCAUAUAUCAGACUCACAAAGUGAUAACGCUCGGCUAGACACGCAAAUCGUGAUAAGAACAGUAUUGCCGCUGCCUUCCGUCUCACUAUUUUAUCUGCCAACAGGUAGAAUAAAAGAAGACGUUCUCGCUGAUAUGCUCUCAAGCACAGCCAGUGAAGUAGUGGGCUGGUAUAAAUACAGAAAAAAUAGUAACAUCAAGCCCACUUUUAGAGAUAAACUAAUAUCGAAAGGCUUACAAAAAUACUUUGAGAAGCAUCAUGGUAAGAAGAAUUUUGUAACCUGCAACUUAUCAAGCAAAAUGUCAUCUUCGGGAUCUACCCAUACAUUCACCUACAGAUUUGGCAAAAUCAAUUGUUUUGAUAUGUAUGAAUACAUUGAGGAUGUCACUGCAAAUCUGGGUGAGAAACACACAGGUUACAAGAAAGGAAACAGGAUGUCCCCACAUAGCGUAUUCAAUAAAAUUGUAAAAGAAAGUAAUGUGCAAAGUAAUAAUGCCUCUGAUGCUAUUCUCCGUAUCCAAGAAGCAGUCAAUGUGAGGCUUGUGAAAGAAGCUCAAAUUGCUGCUAAAACUGAAUGUACAAUCCGGGAGCUUGAAGCUGAAAUAAAGCAAAUGAAUAAUAUUUUGGCAGAUAAGCAAACAGCUGAUUUGCAAGCUGCACAUGACAAGAUGAUUGAGGAGAAGUUCAUGAACAGAGAAGUAGAAAUGGCACAAGCUUGUGUCCAGGCUUUGAAUACUCCUUCAGGGGUUGACAUUUUGAAUGUUCCAAAUAUCAUGAUGAACAGCAACCAUUUAUUAAAUAGUGAAAACUCACUGCAGCUUAUUGAAAAUGAUUUAAAAGGCAGAAGUCCAAGUCCUGUUCUGAUGUCUACAAGUUCUGUUAAACCUAUGGUGUUGAAUUAUGCAGCUGCACUUAAAAAUAAAUCAGAUAAGCCUUCAACAAGUAAAACAAACAACUUCAGUGAAGAUUUGAUUUCUUUUGAUGUAGAAGAAAAUCAUACACAGAAGAUCGUAUAUACAAGUGAUGAUGUAAAUUGUGUUGGUGACAGUUCACCUGAGUACUAAUUCCACACGUGCCUUUCCAUUAUAAGUGGUUAUUUAAUAAGUUACCAUAUAGAAAUUUAAUUUUUUAAAUCUAGAUUAUUUUUUGUUACUAAUACUCAUUAUUGUAAUUAUCUGUAAAAUGAACAUGUUACUUAAUCUCUGUGAACUUCAUGUAUAAUCCAACCAAUAAUUUGAACCACAUACUAUUGUGUGAGUGUCUUAUUUGCGAUUGUAAAAUGUUUGUUACACUAUAAUCAUUAAAUGUCUGUGCAUCAUUAUCCUUGAAGGACAUUAACUAUCUUUCAUUAGAAGUUCUAAUUUCACUAUUGACUAUAAUCUAAGUUUAAAUGCAUAAGAGAUUAUUGUACAAAGUAUUUUUGUAAUAAUUUAGGAUAACACAACUGUUUAUUACAUAGACAUGUCAAAAUCUUAAAAUGAAACAUAUUGCAAUUUCAACGUAAUAUGGUAUUUAUUGUAACACAUUUAAAUGCAAAUAAAUUAAAAACAAUAAUUACAAUAUUAAAA